AUAAAUCGACGGCCAUCCCGUUCUCGAUCGACUGAUCAUUGAUUCAUCACGGCUUCCGCACGGCUCGAGACUUCUCUUCAAAGCACUCACAAAUCCUUGAGGCUGUUGCCGUCUCGCCUGUACCAUGGAACGCAAUCAAUUAUAUUUAAUCCUAAAUGGUCAUCGUGGGCACACAGGAAGAACUUCGUGUUCCGACAGGGUUCUGGGUUCCACGGAUUUCAAUUGUGGCCCAUCAGCGUGGCGUUGUUCUGCAUGUCAAAAGGAAAGCUGUGCGACAUGUCGCAUUCGGUGGGAGUCCCUUAUAAGGGGAGGCGAAACGUUCUUCAUUCAUGCCCGUUUGCCCUCACAUCAUUAUAUCUUCCCCGCAUUAUGCUAAUUCCCACUUCUACUGCAACUAUCGACCUUGUCGAUGACACUAUCUUCCUGCAUCCUGCGGACCUUCUACUCACUACGCUUCGUGCAACAACUGUUUCCCCUAUGCUGAGUGGAACGUUUUCUCUAAAACUUACGAGAAAGCGAAGAUUCAAAUGGAUAAGAUUGAAGUUAGUCCGGUUUUAUGAGAUCUUUUACCCAGAAGAAGAAAGUGCCCGUUGGACGCACAACUUUGAGUCUGGUGCCCACACAGAGUCCGAGGUGGUGCUACUGGACGAGAAAGACGGGAAGAUCUCUUUGGGAAAGGGAGCCCACGACUUCCCAUUUGCGCUUCCAGUCCCCUCUACUUCCGCUCCACGAGAGAACUGCCGGCAUGGCCGUAUUUCCCAUCGACUCAUCGCGGUCGCAAAAGCGGAUGGUUUGUUACGGGGCGAUCUGACGGCCUCGAGGCUUGUUUCACUAAUAGCUAACCCUGUGUCUGAAGGAGAAACACAAAAAACUGACAUCAUCGUUGAGAACUAUCAUCCUGAACUUGGCCCAUAUGCCGUCACCGCACGGUCGCAACACUUGACUGUUGGGGGUGUCCUAGAGUUCACGUUCCAUCUGGCGUGUCCACCUCGAGAACUCCAAAUCCACUCAGUCGCUGCAUAUCUCAACGUGAAACACACACUUGUUUCCCCAACAUUCAGGCAAAAACCCGCGCAGCACUUAGACACCCGAGUCCGCAUCUUCCAGAGUCAAGAAGCCGCGCCUGACUCCGUGCGAGCCCUUCCUUCCACUAAGGUCGGUUCCAGGACGCGAGGGGUUUGCGAAAAUCAAGGGGACUCCGCCAUGACUUCAGCUUUGAACCGAAUGGCGAUAAUGUUUGGCGCCAUGUCAUUGGCAAGCACUGAACUCUAUCCUCAAAUUCAGAUGGAUAUGUGUCGUGAAAGUCGAUGCACGUCAUCAUCACCGUUAGCUAGAGUGCCUCAGAGUGGUUCCUACAACUUCCAUCACGUCGCGCGCCUUCCAUUGGAAGAAUCAUUAAGUCCGUCAACGAUUGCUGAAAGUGACACUCCAAUACAGGUCGCUCAUGAGCUUUCGUUUGAGGUUCUAUUUGAAUCGAUAGUAAACAAGGACGAUUCGGAUCCUCCCCCUGCUGGGCAUCGGCAGUUGACUGUCAAACGACCAAUCACGAUAUCAUCAUGCCAUUGCCAUCUAGAGUCUCUUCUUGUCCCCUGCUAUUCUGAAAUCGAUGUUGCCCCCCUUCCACCUUUCGAAAAGGGUUCGAGACCUUCGUGGUCCGAAAACUGCGUGUGUCGCUCGAGUAUUGACCUUCUUAUCGCACAACAACGGUCAAUAGGAUUGGACUGUCAACCGUUCGAUCGCCUUUACAGGAACCCUCCCAAGCCCGGCCUAUGACUUUCAUACUGGCAUUGUUUGGAAGGACUUUUUUCUCAGCGGCCAUCGACAACUUUGGAAACUGGGAUAAGGCGCAUCGUCAUUCAUUAUACCCUGUACAUUUCGUACGUUUGAGCCUUAAUAACACCUUCCUGAUGGCAGUCUUCCGGCGGCGACGAUUUGAUCCAGAGUGGCGCACAGCGUGUUCGGGAUCUGCGAUCUGUUCCGC